AUGGCAGGAAAUAAUCGUAGACGUGCACCAAGUGACUAUAUUAGUUUAUCAGCAAAUGCAGCUGCACAUGUUGAUGCAUAUUUCGAAUAUCGAGCUAUUGUUAGUGAUGAUGAUGAUGAUGGAGGAAAAGUAUUUUCACCAGAAGAAUAUGAAGUAUCUAAAAGACGAGUUUUACCAAUGACUGAUUUUACUGAAAUUCCAAUUGAACGACCCAUUCUUAUUUCAUGUCGUUGUGUAUCAUUUGAAUAUGUUGCAAAUGCAUCUGCGACAAAUGAUCCUAAUUGUCGUUGUAAACAUUCACUUGAUACUCAUGGAACACGAUUACCUUACACAUAUUGUAAUUGUAGUGGAUUUCGUGUACCAUUUACAUGUAUAUGUGGUGAAUCAGCUUAUAAACAUAUAACAUUAGUUGAAACAAAACAAGAAAGAGAACAAUCUGGUCAUCCAACUGGAUAUGCAACACUAUAUAAAGCGACGGGUGGUUUAACAGGAUUUAGUCGACCUGAUAAUGAUUUUCUGAAUGAACCAAUAAUUGCUAUGGAUCAUCCAAUGUUUCGUGCACAUGCUUCUCUUGAUUCUAAUAGUAAAUAUGAUUUUAUUUUAUUAAUAAACGAUUUUAUUGUUUUUAUAAAAGGUACUGAAGCACAAUCACAUCUUUCACGUGGUAUACGUGCAGCACCUAAUCCGUAUGAUACUCAUGCUCAGUUAACUACUAGUAUUCAAAAUAAUAAAUCACCACCACGUCGAAUAACUGGUGACAAAAAAUAA